AUGUGGCCCAAUGUUAGUGCUGCCUCCUUUUUGCUGACUGGCUUCCCAGGCCUGGAGACAGUUCAUCACUGGAUCUCCAUCCCCUUCUUUGCGGUCUAUGUCUCUGUGCUUCUUGGCAACGGCACCCUCCUCUACCUCAUCAAGGAUGACCACAGUCUCCAUGAACCUAUGUACUACUUCCUUGCCAUGCUGGCAGGCACAGAUCUGAUGGUGACCUUGACCACGAUGCCAACUGUAAUGGGUGUCUUAUGGGUGAAUCAUCGAGAGAUGAGCCACGGAGCCUGUUUCCUGCAGGCUUACUUCAUUCAUUCCCUUUCUAUUGUGGAAUCAGGUGUCUUGCUUGCCAUGGCAUAUGACCGUUUUAUUGCCAUCCGCACACCUCUGAGGUACAACUCCAUUCUUACCAAAUCUCGCGUGAUGAAGGUAGGACUGGGGAUACUGCUGAGGGGCUUUUUAUCCCUUCUGCCCCCAAUUCUGCCACUCGUUUGGUUCCCAUAUUGUCAUUCCCAUGUUCUUUCCCAUGCCUUUUGUCUCCACCAAGAUGUCAUGAAACUUGCCUGUGCUGAUAUUACAUUUAAUCGUAUUUAUCCAGUUUUUCUGGUCACUGUGACUUUUUUCCUAGAUGCUCUGAUUAUUCUCUUCUCUUAUGUUUUAAUUAUUAAGACAGUUAUGGGCAUUGCCUCUGCCAAGGAGCAAGCUAAGGCCUUCAAUACCUGUGUCUCCCACAUCAGCUGUGUCCUAGUCUUUUAUAUCACCGUGAUUGGCCUGACUUUCAUCCACAGGUUUGGGAAACAUGCACCACAUGUGGUCCACAUUACCAUGAGCUAUGUGUACUUCCUCUUCCCUCCAUUCAUGAACCCCAUUAUCUACAGCAUCAAGAGCAAGCAGAUUCAGCUAAGCAUUGUUCACCUGUUUUCUGUGCACAAUAGGGCUUGA